UUUCAACAUGGCGGACGAUUCUGUUCAAACAGGUGAACAAGACAUUCAGGAAUAUUUUGAUACUGCGGUAAAAAUAGCACGACAGGCAGGGCAGGUGGUGUUUGAAGCUUUCCACAAGGAAAAGAAUAUUGACACAAAGUCAUGUGGAACAGAUUUGGUGACAGAAACAGACAAGUAUGUGGAGGAAUUGAUUAUUGGAACCCUAGCAGAAAAAUUCCCGUCUCACAGUUUUAUUGGUGAAGAGUCAGUGAGUGCUGGAAAGAAAAGUAUUCUCACAGAUAAUCCUACGUGGAUAAUUGAUCCAAUUGAUGGUACAACAAACUUCGUUCACAGGUAUCCUAUGGUAGCUAUUUGUAUUGGUCUGGCAAUUAAUAAACAGAUGGAGGUUGGGGUAGUAUUCAAUCCAAUUAAAGAUCAGAUGUUUACUGCAAGAAGAGGCACUGGGGCAUUUUGUAAUGGAAAGAAAAUUCACUGCUCAAGUGUAACAGAUCUAAGCAAAGCUCUUAUUAUCACGGAACUGGGCUCCUCAAGGGAUCCUGAAAUCAUAAAUGUUGUGAUGUCAAAUCUCAGAAGGCUUGCAGAGAAACCCAUUGCAGUUCACAGCAUCAGACUACAGGGAUCAGCUGCCCUUAACAUGUGCUCUGUGGCCAGUGGUGAGGCAGAACUGUAUUAUGAAUGUGGUAUCCAUGUCUGGGAUAUUGCAGCAGCAGGAAUAAUUGUGGAAGAAGCUGGUGGAGUCACACUGGAUCCUUCAGGUAAGCCUCUGGAUUUGAUGGCACGUCGUAUAUUAGCUGCUGGAAAUAAGGAGCUUGCUGAUCAAGUUUCUCAGUAUUUAGAUUGCAUCGAGCUUCCUAGAGACUAGCAAUUUUUUUUUAUUUUAGGACAACUUUGUUCUUGUUCAUUUUAAUUCACUGUCUUUUGCGUUGUCUCGCUUAUUGUUUUUUAAUGUGUCUGUAACUAAUGUUGUCAAGUCAUUUGCUUUUAUACUGUCCAGCUAUUAUUUUCACACAAAGUGUCACAGGUUUUGCUUGAUGAAAAAAAUCAACUUAAUUUCUUCUAGGUUGUUAUUUAGUACCUCUUCAGCAUACAUCAAUACUUGUAUGAUGUUUUUAAAUUUUGGUAUUUAUUACUGAAAAAUGUAAAUUUUGCCUAAAAAAUAAAAAAGCUGAACCUUUUAAUUUUAUGUACAUGCACUACUCACAGACAAGUUAUCACUUCAGUCUGUAAUUUCCUGGAAGUUACAGAAAGUCUAUCUUGUUCUUGGGAUUUAAAUGAUUAAUAGAAAAGAGAAAAUGGUGUCUUAUGAGCAAGAAUGUGUCUUUGGGUAAAAAUUAAAAUGAUUAAAAUUAAGUGAGCAAGAAAGAAGAAAAUUUGGGUAUCUUUUUCAAAAAUAUCUGUGAGCCAUUCUUUUAAAGUCAGAAAUUCAGUCAGCUUUAUUUACUUAUAUUAAUCAUAUUAUUAAUUUUUAAGGAUAUAACAUUGGAAGAGUUGUAUGCAUUUGAUGUUCUUAAAAUUUAUGUGCUUGCAUACAGUGACACUGUAACUUAAAUCUCUACAAUUAUAGCAAAAUAUUUUAAGAAAGUUGAUAAUACUAAACAAAUUGUUUAAUAUAUCAAAUUCAUUAUUUUUUAA